AUGACUCGAAUCGGAGCCCAUGGUCGUGAGGUCCUGCUCCCGCGCGGCUUUCCGGCGAGCGUCGGCGCCGGGUACAUCCCGUACUCGGCAUGGCACGCCGUCCACCUCGUCGCCGGAACGAUGACGGGCGUGCUCUCAAUGCAGGGCCUGCUAUUUGCUGUUGGCCUUGGCGCUGGAGCCAUUCCGCUUGCUGGAGCGCUCAACUUUGUGCUCAAGGACGGAAUCGGGCAGCUUGGUGGCGUGCUGUACGCCGCCUUCUCGUCGCGAUCGUUUGACGCCCAGCCCAAGUACCACCGCUACUCGUCGACGCUCCUGCUGCAGCUCUCGACCGGGCUCGAGGUCCUGGCCCCACUUGUCCCGGCUCUCUUCCUCCCGCUUGCCUCAGUGGCAAACAUCGGCAAGAACGUGGCCUACCUCGCCACCGGCGCCUCGCGCGCUCAGCUCAACAGGGCCUUUGCCAUCUCCGAGAACCUCGGCGACGUGACUGGCAAGGCGACGUCGCAGGCCAUCUCGGCCUCACUGAUUGGCACCGGCCUUGGCGUUGCUCUCUCUUCAGCCAUCGGAUCGGAUGCCACCUGGGUCGCCUUCUCCGCCUUUCUCCCGCUCUCGGCGCUCACGGUCUACGCCGCGGCGCGCUCGUCAGCGCACGCCGUGCUAACCACUUUUGAUCAGCAGCGAGCCGACCUCGCCUUUGAGCCACUGCUUGUUGCCUCGCCCGCCGCUUCGCCGUCCCUCGCAGCCAUCGCCGCGCCAGCCGCCGUCGCCGCACGCGAGUCGUUCCUUUCCCGCUACCGCGGCGAUACCGGCAUCGACAUCGAUCCUGCACUCACCCACAGCGACUGGAAUGAGAUCCAAGCCCAGCCGUCGAGCCUGGAUGUCUUUGAUGCACACAAGUACAUUGUACACCCAAGGCCUGACGGCUCGGUUGCACUCUGGUUUGACGUCGACGCUACCGCGCCACAGGUACUCCGAGGCUAUCUGCACGCGCGGGCGUUGCGGGCCAGCGCCACGGCGCUGGUGGAGCGGUUGCGGACUUGGUCUGACUCGGAGUUUACUGCCGCGCUUGCGGCUGCCGGCUGGGACGUCGACCAUCAGUACGUGUCGGGCGCCGAGGGCGCGCGACUCCGGAUUGACGGGCAGCCAGCCUCGUGA